AUGAAUUUAAGUCAGGAAUCUGUUCGAUUAAUUAAUUUUCCCGGAGAAAUAUUUAUGCAAGUUUUGAAGUUAAUGAUUUUACCUUUAAUUUUUUCUUCUCUUGUUUCUGCAUUAGCACAAAUGGAUGCUAAAGAAUCUGGUCAAAUGAGUUUAUUUACUGUUGGGUAUUAUGUAAUAACUACUUUAUUUGCUACUAUGACAGGUAUUUUACUUGUUUUGGUUAUUCAUCCAGGUGAUCCAGCAAUUAAACAAGAAUUGGCUUAUUUGGAAAUUCAACAUAAUCCAAUUUCCCCUUUAGACACAUUUUUAGAUGUUAUUAGGAAUAUGUUCCCAGAAAAUGUAAUUCAAGCAACAAUGCAAAGAACACAAACAAAAUAUUAUUUUCCAUUAAAUAAAAGGACUGGAAAUAAAAAACAAGAAAAUUCAUCGGGAAAUGAUUUUAAUUUAAUUUAUAGGAAAAAAAUAGAAAAUAUAAAUGGAAUGAAUAUUUUAGGAAUUAUUGUUUUUUGUACUGGAUUUGGAAUUGUUAUAUCUCAAUUGGGGGAAAGGGCUAAAAUUAUUGCAGUAAUAAUGCAAUUAGUUGGAAUAUUUAUGUGGUUAACACCUUUAGGAAUUGUUAGUUUAAUUGCUGGAAAUUUACUUGAAUUAACUAAUUUAAGCGAUACAGCAGCAAUUUUACUUCUUUAUGUUUUUACUGUUUUAAGAAUGUUACAAGCUUUGGUUACUGCUUUUGGAACGGCUUCUGGAGGGGCUGCUUUGCCUGUUUCGAUGCGUUGUAUGGAAGAGAAUUUAAAUAUAGACAGUCGAAUUACUCGUUUUGUACUUCCUUUAGGUUCAACAAUAAAUAUGGAUGGAAAUGCUUUAUACGAAGCUGUUGCUGUUAUUUUUAUAGCCCAAUUAAAUAAUGUAACUUUAACUUUAACAGAAGUAAUUACUGUUAGUUUUAUAGCCACAAUAGCCUCUUUAGGUUUAAAUUCUGUCCCUGCCGGUUUAGUCUCUAUUUUUGUUAUUUUGUCGACUGUUGGUUUGCCUGUAAAAGAUAUUCCUUUAGUUAUUACUGCAGAUUGGCUACUUGACAGAAUUAGAACGAGUAUAAAUGUUUUGGGGGAUGCUUUUGUUGCUUCGACUGUUAGUCAUUAUUUGGAAUUAAAAUUAAAAGAAACUGACAACAAAUAUAUUAAAAAUGAAGAAAAAAGAGAAGAAUUUACUAAUGAUUUAAAAAAACAAUUAAAUAAUAAUCCUUUAAUUAAUAGUAGUAGACAUCAUUCACAAGAUAAUAAUACACAAUUAAUUAGUUGGCAAGAACAAGCAAUGAUUGACAGAUUGUGUGGAGAUAUAACUUUAAAUAAAGUUAUUCAUAUUUAA